AUGGCAGCAGGCAACGGAGGCCUCCUGGCCUACUUCACAGCUAUGGAUGCCCAGGGUGGCAUAGUCGUCCAAGAUGCCCCGAAGCUUGAUUUAGAGCUCUAUGUCCAGAACUACAAAGGCCGAACUCGAUUCGACAGACUAUACCUCAUCGGCCGCUCCUCCGUGCCCCUGUGUGUUGAUGCCUUGAAAGCCGCGAUCGCUGAGGCUAAGAAGAGCAAGGAUGUCCAGCGCUAUCGCGAUGCCUGGGAGUGCAUCCGUGUCGUCGCCCCUUCGGAACCGGAGGCACAGUUCGAUCGAGCGUGGGAGGAUGCCACAGAAAAAUCCAAUAAAGCUGAGACUCAUCGUCUGGAGGUUGAGCUGAAGGGCUACAAGAAUAAUCUCGUCAAAGAGAGCAUCCGAAUGGGAAAUGAAGACCUAGGUAGACACCUUGAGGCGAUCGGCGAGCUUGACGCUGCGGCAGAAGCGUAUUAUCGCAUGCGACCGGAUGUUAGCACAUCAAAACACCUUAUCGACGUCGGAAAGCACCUCGUCAGCAUAUCUGUUCAGCGUCGCGAGUGGCCCAUGGUGACUGCCAACCUAAACAAGAUCACCGGACUGCAGAACGGAGACGAAGAGAAAGCUAUCCAACCCUACUUGAAAAUCAUGCACGGAAUUGCACUCUUGGGCCAGGAGAAAUAUGCGGACGCAGCUUUGAGCUUCCUACAGACUGAUGCCACGUCCCCAUCAUCUACGUAUAACGAUUACGCCAGCCCAAAUGACGUCGCCAUCUACGGGGGCUUGCUGGCCCUCGCAACGAUGGAUCGAAAGGAUCUCCAGGCCAAGGUUCUUGACAAUCAGAAUUUCCGCACAUUUUUGGAGCUGGAGCCCCAUAUUCGACGAGCUAUUACGCAGUUCGUCAACGGCAGAUACUCAGCCUGCCUCGCCAUCCUAGAAUCUUACCGAUCCGAUUAUCUUCUCGAUAUCUACCUGCAGAAACACAUCAAGUCCAUCUACUCACAGAUCCGGAGCAAGUGCAUUGUCCAGUACCUAAUUCCCUUCUCUUGUGUUACUCUUGAGAGUAUGAACGCGGCGUUUGCUCUUCCCGGUCAAUCCCUUGAAGACGAGCUUGCUGGAAUGAUUCGUGAAGGCGUACUCCAGGCACGGAUCGACAGCAUCGACAAGCUCGUCACAACGGUUUCUAUCAAUCCUAGAGUGAAGAUGCAGCAGACAACUCUCGAGACUGCCAAGAGCUAUGAGAAAGAGGCCUUGGAGCGAAUCCGACGAAUGAACAUCAUCGCCGCGGAUCUGGAAGUGAAGGGAACGAAGCGCAAUCAGGGCGGAAUCGCUGGUAUAUCUGAGAGCUGGGCGGAUGACACUCGGAGACAGCUUCACGGGCUCCAGGAACAUGACAUUUGA